AAGGCAAAAUAAAACAACAAAAUAAAUAAAUAAAUAAAUAAAUAAAAAAAAUAAAUAAAUAAACUAAUAAAUUAAGUCUUUCGCAAAACUAACUAAAGAGAGCAAAACAAAUAGAAAAAUGGGCAAGAAAAAUUCGAAAUUGAAGCAGGACACCAUUGAACGCCUAACAACAGAUACAUACUUCACCGAAAAAGAAAUAAGACAAUGGCACAAAGGUUUUCUAAAAGACUGUCCGAACGGUUUACUUACAGAACAAGGUUUUAUAAAGAUUUACAAACAAUUCUUCCCCCAAGGAGAUCCUAGUAAAUUUGCCUCAUUAGUGUUUCGUGUUUUCGAUGAAAAUAAUGACGGUGCGAUAGAAUUCGAAGAAUUCAUCAGAGCUCUUUCGAUUACAUCAAGAGGCAAUUUGGAUGAAAAACUGCAAUGGGCCUUUAGAUUGUACGAUGUUGACAACGACGGCUAUAUAACAAGAGAGGAAAUGUACAAUAUUGUAGAUGCCAUCUAUCAAAUGGUGGGACAACAGCCACAAACUGAUGAUGAGAAUACGCCGCAAAAACGGGUGGACAAGAUAUUCGAUCAAAUGGAUAAAAAUCAUGACGAUCGUCUAACAUUAGAAGAAUUUCGUGAGGGUAGUAAAGCUGAUCCACGUAUAGUACAGGCGUUAAGUUUAGGUGGUGAUUAACCAAAAGAUUCUUAGUUUAAUUCUGUUACAGAUUAAACGAUACGAACAAAAAAAAAAACAAAAAACAAAACAAAAAAAACAAAAGAAUAAAA